CAGACUCGUCAAGUCAGUUCAUCUGAAAGCCAGCUCCUCAUUGUGGUUUCUUGGCUGUUGCCUCAAGCACAGGUUAAAUAGACACAACAACCCGUCCAAAACCAAACUCUUAGGUUCAACAAUCGCCUCUUCCUCUUCUCCAAGACAACUUCACUUUGAUAAAUUAGUACGUCAAACUCUCGGACGUCGUUUCUUGCUCUUAAUCGCUCCGUCGCUCGUUGCUCCGGCUUCUUCCAACCCAAUAUGGCGCGAAAAGAAGCAAAGCCUAAGAUCACUCACCCCGAGGCCAUUGAAAAGAAAAAGGUUAUGGUCAAGCACCUAAGAUCGAUGUACGAGACAGUCAAUACGUUCAAGCGCUCCAUCCCAAAUAGCUACCUUGAAAAACUGGGAAUCAAAUUGCUACCCUUGGACCUCAAGCGACCGUCCGGUAGCAUCAACUACUAUCGACCGCUCCCAAAAAGCGAGUAUAACUCUAGGUCAUUUGGCUCCUUCCAUCCAUUUGCGAACAGUGACAAUAAGGACGAGGAAGAUAGGUCGGACAGUAACGACGCCGUGCUGGCCAAGCUUUCGAAUCUUUCAACCAUUGUGGGAAUGCUGUGGCGCGAUGAUCACAGUCACACGCAAUGGCAGCGAGAUUACGUCAUCCAAUGCUACCGAGAAAAACCACGCCUCAGCCUGACUGAGUAUGCUAAACUGGACGGAGCAGAAUACACCUGGAUCACAACCAAUCGGAUCCAAACAGCUUCCGAGAUGUAUCCGCACUGCAAAUGUGUAGUCAUACAGGAUGUAGAGCCCGACGAGGAGCUGAAACGAAGUGAAAUUCUCCCAAUCCUUGUUAUCAUGCGUUGGAGAAUGAGUCUGUAUUACUACCAGCAACAUGAAGUCUUUCCGGUUGAAGUCCUGUCCGUCUAUGGUGGGCAGGCUCGCAUCCUUAUAGGCUACUUUGACGGAAAACACCUCUGCAUUCAAAAAAGUCCGAUUUACGACAUCGGGAGCGAGGGCCUUCAGAAUUGGAUACUGCUCAUGAAGUGGUGGUUCAGUGAUGCUGCAGGGGAUACUACCCGCCUUCCAUCCCCUCAAGAUAUCAAAGACUCGCGAAACCUUGCUGUGCGUCCCGCUCCUGCGCGUCAGGUAAGGAGUGGGCGGUGAAUUCUGGCCCUGAGUUGAAUGCUGGUUUUAUUAUUCUUUUUGAACCUGUUGUUUUGUUUUCUGUUCUAUGACUAUAUCUUUAGUCAUUCUUUUGUAUGUUAGGUAAAUCCAGCUGAUAAAGUGCAGCAGGUAGUCUUCAUAGUCCCAGACUGCACAAAACUAUAAUGAAUAAUAAUAAUAAUUUCUCCAUG